AUGGAGGAAAUAAGCAGCGUGUCUGUGAUUUUGCGCCGCAAUAUAUUUUCUAGGCGCACAGAGAAAACAUUCAAUUUUACGGAAUCAGCAGGAUUCCGAGGAAAGGCUGUAGAUCUUGACUGGAUUGUCUUCAGGGUUGGACUUUUAUCAGUCCUAUACUCAAAGUAUAAGAAAGCUACAGUUGGUGUAAUGAUCACUGCAUCACAUAACCCGGAACCAGACAAUGGUGUCAAGGUUGUAGGACCCAUGGGUGAAAUGAUGGAAGGUUCCUGGGAGCUGAGUGCCACAGAGCUCAUCAAUUCAAGGGAUGAGGACCUAGAGUUAACAUUGCAGCAGACUAUCAAUAACUUUUGCAUUGAUGCAACCUGGCCAGCUAGUGUUUAUUUUGCCAGAGACACAAGACCGAGCAGCCCAAUGUUAGCAGAGGCACUUUGCAAAGCAUUGGAGAUGUUUCAUUGCACAGUUAAGGAUUAUGGCAUUCUGUCAACACCCCAGUUACACUACAUGGUGCGCUGCGACAACACCCAUGGCAGUUAUGGUGUUCCCACAGAGGCUGGUUACUAUGAAAAGCUUAGUAAAGCUUUCCUGGCCAUCAUGCAACCAGAAUCGAAUAAAGGCCAAUAUAUUGCCAGCGUGAUGAUAGAUGGAGCCAAUGGUGUUGGUGCUUUAAAGGCAGCAGAUAUUUCCAAGUAUCUAAAGCAUUCACUCAGCAUGUCAAUAUUCAAUGAUGGAUCACAUGGAAAGCUGAAUUAUAAGUGUGGGGCAGAUCAUGUUAAAGUAUCCCAGACUGCACCAGAAGGUGUACCAGUGGAGUUGGCUGCCCGGUGUUUGUCUUUUGAUGGUGAUGCAGACAGGGUUGUUUACUAUUACAUUGAUGAAGGUGGCAAGUUCAGUCUACUUGAUGGAGAUAAAAUUGCAACCCUUGUUGCAGGCUUUUUAAAUGAGAUGGUUGUUGCUAGUGGGCUUAACUUGAAGUUAGGAGUAGUUCAGACUGCAUAUGCAAAUGGAAGCUCUACAAACUACAUAUCAAACGUCCUGAAGGUUCCAGUGUCCUGUGUCUCUACAGGAGUGAAGCAUCUCCAUCAUAGGGCUGCUGAUUACGAUGUCGGUGUCUACUUUGAAGCUAAUGGACAUGGCACGGUGCUCUUCAGUGACAAAGCAUUUAACAUGAUCAGAAAGAUAUCUAAUGCUGAAAGUGGUGACACCUGUCAGAAGGAGGCAGCUGAUAAGCUGUUGUCGUUUGUGGACGUUGUUAACCAGACGGUGGGUGAUGCUAUCUCAGAUAUGCUGCUAGUGGAGGCCAUUUUGCAUGAACGAGGCUGGAGUAUACAGCAGUGGAAUGACCUUUACAAUGAUCUUCCCAACAGGCAGAUGAAAGUCAAGGUGCGUGAGAGAACAGUAAUAGUGACAACGGAUGCUGAGAGAAAGACGACAGCUCCAGCAGGCCUUCAGGACCGAAUCGAUGAGAUAGUUAGCAAGUAUCCAGUGGCUAGAGCCUUUGUAAGGCCCUCUGGGACAGAGGACAUUGUGAGGGUGUAUGCAGAGUCAGACACGCAGGAGAAAGCUGACAGCUUGGCCUGCAAAGUUGCACAGGCUGUGUACGACAUGGCCGGUGGUGAUGGUGAUCGUCCGGCAGAGCUUUGCUAGACCUUUCAUCGUUACGUUGCCAACUGAAGCCAUAGGUGUUCGAUCCUGACCCCAGUGGACACCUCUAUGAGAGACUGACAGGACUUGUAGAACAAAAGAAGCCUGAAAUAUCUGCUGAUAGCAGGAACGAUAAUUGUAUAAUUGAGGUGCUUGGUUGGUCUAUAGUCAUUCCAGUAAUGACUUCUUGUUAAGUUUUCCGACUUACAGUCUCAUAAUUGACAGUGCUCAAUUCGUGAUAAAGAAGCAGCAUAGAUAUGUUUUGUAGAAUUACGCCUGGUCCGCUUGAGUUCUAAACUACAUUGCGCCGUCUUUUAAUAUAUGUUUGAACAGAAUUGCUCUCAUUGCUGAUGUAACUAAUAGUUAUUCGUGCUGUUAUUCAGCAUCUGUGUUGCUGACUUGCCUGUGCUCCCAGCUCAUCCGUACGACCGCGUGGCUUGAGCUAUUCAAAACGGCAUCUAUGGGUUAAUAUCCUAGCUUACAUGCUAGUUCAUCCUCUUAUGUCUUCGCUAAUAAAUGGCGGUUAUUCAGCCUGGAUUGCGGACUGCGGGGUGUUUGUGUCAUAUAACAACACCUUUAGUGGCACGCUUGUGAUGUCUAGCUUAUUGCACCCGCUGCCAUUGUUACUGUUAUCGGCUUAGCUAUGUGUACGUUUGAGUACUGAUAAUAAUUUAACAAUAUCACACCGUUCAUAUAUCUGACCGUUCACCUCUCAUCGUCACAGUAACGAAUCAUCUGUCAUCACGUUUGACAAUCAAUAUUCAUCUAUUUUUCUUUAUAAGUAUACUAAGUGCUAUGUAAGUACAAAGUGAGGGUGCUCUGUUAACAAUCAGCGUACGUGAUAUGUAUUGUGAUGUGAAAAUUCUAUUUGAACGCUGCUGGAGAAAUGCGUGGAGAAUCUAAUAUAAUAAAUAUAAUAACCGUUUAAAAGCAAACUCGUUAAA